AUGUUCUACGCUACUGCGUCUCCUCUGAGUCCCGUCGAUCUGGAGCCUUUCUAUGCAACCGUCCGUCCUUCCUUACUCUCUUCUACCAUGCCAGCCAGCUUUGCCUUCCCGCCGAUGCCAUCAGUAACAGCAACAUCUGCCACAACUAUUGCCAGCUUAACGACUAGUCCUCCGGUAGGCUCUACAGCUACAGCUUCCAUUGCAUCUGCAGCUGCCCCUUUCUCCGGCUUUCGUCAUCCGUCAAGUCAGACAAUCAGAGACCAAUUUUUUGUCGCUACUUGUUCAGGCAUAGGGGCUGCUGGCUCUUUCCUCGGCCCUGCUUCUUCAUAUUACUUUUCCACCACUGUAUCCGAGCCCUCCAAAACGACAGGCCCAACGAAUAUAGGAAUGAUGCACCAUUCAGAAGCUGCCACCACUUUGACGUCGUCCUCAUCGGUAUCUGGAAGUCCGGUGGUCCUUGAUACGCCUGAUCACACCUGUGUUACUGGCUUGGCGGACGAAUUAUCGGGUUUAUCUCUAGUUGGUCUUGGUGGGACAGGCUCUGGAUUUGGAUCAGGGUGUGGCUCUGGAUCUGCCUCUGGCGAAUGCAGCCUUGUUCCAGGGGGCUCAAUUGCUGCUGGCACAAGUGGUUUGGAAAUUAACGCAACUGGCCUUCUACAACGACUGGACUCGGCUUCUUCACUUUUGGAGAUGACUAGUGGGGAGGCAUGGAAAUAA